CCAGAUUCGGGUCCAACUGUAGCCACACCUGCACAACAGUAAGACUGUUGCUGCCUGUCUCGCUCGUCUCUACCGCUCUCUGGCUCAGCUGAUUCGCUGGGCUGAUCAGGUGAUGCUGCAGGGCGUUGCCCGCAACAACAAAGAGUCCACAGCAAGUGUUACUACGGUGAUCAGGGCCGUGCUGGACGGGGUCAAGGAACUGGUUCGAUUGGCUGCAGAGAGACUGGAAGGCUCCGCCCCCUUGUCGCCUGUCCAGUCACAGCCUGCUGUGGGACAGACAGGAGGGUUUGAUGACCAGGAGACAUCAGACAGGAAAGUGACCUGCAGGAGUCCUGCAGAGGAGGAGGUGGUUUCAGCUCCUCCCAAACCUCCUCUGCCCCAGCCAGAGCCCCAGAUGACCCCCCCACAGGGACUCAGUCGUCCAGUUCUGCCUCCUAAAAAACGCCACUCAUCAUCAGGCCCCGCCUCAUGCAGAGUUGCCAUAGUAGCACCAAUGAGACGAGAACCUGAAGCUGACAGACAGGUGCAACAGGAGGACGACUUGUUGAAGCGAUGUUCCUCUUCUUCUUCUUCUUCUGCAGACUCUGCUGCUGACACACAUUGCGAGGAUGAUCCAGACUAUAACUUUCUCCAUACUGACCUCUCCUCCUCUGAGACUGUCCCUCCUCUUCCUCCCGCCUCCAUCCUCCCCCCUGCCCUGCCAGAGAAGAGAUGUCGCAGCACUGCAGAAAGGACCAGCUGUCAGGUUGUGCCCUUUUUUGAGUUAGACCCCGCCCACAUGGAACAGAGCCCCGCCCAGUUUGAUGAGCCUUUGUCUUCCCCGCUCUCCCCUAGCAAGACUCCCCCUCCCCUCCCUGAGAAGAAACGACACAUCCAUCAGUACCUCCAGUUCUGUUCAUCCUACAGCGCUCAGUCUGCGGCCAUGUUCUACCAGAGACCUCCAACCUACAGUCAGUGUUACAGCAGCAGACAGCGAGACGUGGAGACAACCUACCAGCUCACAAACACACAAACCCUGCCUGACACAGAGCCUGCCUCAACCUCACCUGGGUUGCUUCUUGCUCCGGCGCUUCCACCAAAGAAGAAACAGCAGGAUUCAGCCGAAGACGACAAACAAUUCAAGGAGAAUCGGAGCAGAGACAGUUCCCACAGUCUUGAGCAGAAGGAGGAGCAUGGUGGGAGGAGCAAGGAGGAGGUGCUACUGACCAACCAACAGGAGAUCCUCAACAGAAUCACCAUGAAGUCUGAGGAGGAGGAGGGUCCAGACAUAAAAGCUGCCUCUCCUGAGAUCCUGCUGGUCUACGCCACCGAGACUGACAACAGCACUGACCAGGUCUCGUAUUGUGAAGCCUUCCUCUCCACCUAUAGGAGCUUCAUCAGCCCGAAUGAUGUCAUCAGCAAACUACAGCACAGAUACAGACACCUGUGUGAUAGAUGUGAGCCUGCAGACCUGAAAGCUGCCAAGCACACAUUCCAGCUGCUGGUCAGAGUGGUGGACGAACUGUGUGCAAUAGAGCUGGACUCUGAUUUGCUGCUGCUGCUGAUGGACCUGGUCUUCAGACUCCUGAUGGGUGGAGAGCUGGGAUUAGCUCACUUGCUACGCUCCAACAUCCUGGCCAAGAUGGAACAGAGGUGGCAGCUCAUUAGUUCUCCACAGUCACUCCGCCCCCUCUCAGCCAGGGGUGUGGCUGCUAGACCAGGAACUCUUCUGGACUUCAGGAGUCAAGAUUUAGCUGAACAGCUGACUCUGCUGGAUGCUGAGCUCUUCUAUAAGAUCGAGCUUCCUGAGGUGCUGCUGUGGUCUAAAGAGCAGAAUGAGGAGAAGAGCCCUAACCUCACAGAAUUCACUCAACAUUUCAACAACGUCUCCUUCUGGGUUCGUUCAGUCAUCAUCCUUCAGGACAAACCUCAGGACAGAGAGAAACUACUGCUCAAGUUCCUGAAAAUCAUGAAGCACCUGCGGAAACUGAACAACUUUAACUCGUACCUGUCCAUCCUGUCAGCACUGGACUCUGCCCCCCUUCGACGCCUGGACUGGCAAAAAAACACAGCUGAGGCUCUGGAGGAGUACAGCUCUCUGAUUGACAGCUCGUCAUCAUUCAGAACAUACAGAGCAGCUCUGUCUGAAGUGGAACCUCCCUGUAUACCCUACCUGGGUUUAAUUCUUCAGGACUUGACCUUUGUCCACCUGGGUAACCCUGACACCUUAAUGACAUCACAGGGUUCCAAUGUCAACUUCUCUAAACGUUGGCAGCAGUUCAACAUCCUGGACACUCUGAGGAGCUACCAGCAAGUACAUUACUCUCUGCAGCCUAAUGAUGACAUCAUAUCGUUCUUUAAUGACUUCAGUGAUCACCUGGCAGAGGAAGCAUUGUGGGAACUUUCUCUCAGGCUCCGCCCACGAAAUGCCCCACGAGCAAAUCAGAGAUGACAGGUUCAAACUGACUAAACCAGGACAUAACCUGGGUUAACCUGUGCUAGCUUGAUGUAACAUGUUCAGAAUAUGGAAUGAGGUGCUACCCUGAGCUAAACUGGCACCAAACUGGACUAGACUGGUGCUGAUAUAUCAGAGAAAAAAGGACUUGCUGAAAACUUGUUUAUAAACAGGGAUCAUGCCUAAACCAUGCCAGUCUGGACUAUUCAAUAUCUGGACCACACUGUGUUUAUGCAAACAAGCUAGCCUGAUACUAGCUGAGGUUAGCUAGGCGCUAGCUUGGUGUUAGUUAAUGUGGCCUAACUUCCAGUCCAGGCAGGUGUUCCUGUAUCUGACUUCAGAUCUGCACUUGUAUCCAAAGCAAUAAUCCAAUAAACAUCACUGCUCAUG